AUGACGGCUCCGGCUGCUGCUGGCCUCUUCGUCGUCCGCCAGUGGGACAAUGCUGGGCGGCUGAAGCUGGAGAUGGUCAUCGAUGCGGAUGCGGAGACUAAUGAUGACGAGGCAGGAUCCGCCGACAACAACAGGAGGGCAAGUGUUGCUUCGCCGCGCUUUCUCGCCGGUGACCUCGACACGCUGUACAAGCGACACGACUCUGGCUUCGACGACUAUUACCAUCAUCACAGCAGCACAUCUGAGAAGGAUCUUAUCGCGGCGCUGAACGCCAAGCAAACGCGCUCUCCCGGCAAAUCGAGGCAUCUGAUGAAGCGGCGUGCUGCUGCCACCUCCGCCGGCGCUUCUUCUUCCACACAAUCGAGCUCAGCGCAGUCCAGCAUGAGCCUCGAACAUCCGCAUCACAUCCACCCCGUCCACAACACCUACCGCCUACCGCUCACCAUGCCGGACACUCCCCCGGAACGUGAAAAGAAGCCCGGCUUCUUCAAGCGACUGGGCCACUCGCGGCGCAAAAGUCAGAUGCCACCGCCGUCGCAGUCGCAAACUCCCUCACCUGAGCAGUCACGACCGGGCACCGCUGACGACCGGUUUACCACCGCUCCCAGCACAGCAAAACCCGCCGCACCUCUCAACGUGCCGAGAUCUGUACUGCGAUCACCGUCAUCUACAAAUGGACAUGGCCGCCAGCAGAGCGUCGAAGAUGCACCUGCCUUACAGCUGAAUGGCCACCACGAUCAAUUCGCAGAUGCAGAUGCAGAAGCAACGUUUUAUCCACAUGGCUUGACCCCGCUCGGCUCUCCAAAAAGCACGAAAGGACGUGUGAAAUGGGACCCCGAAAAUUCCGGCGACAAUCUCCCAACCAGGCCGCGCCGAGCCAGCUCAGCCGCGACUCACGGCCGAAGAUCUUCAAUUUACUCGAAAGCAGCAGAUGGCGAGCACCAUGGCGGUGUCAAUUCUGGAGCUGGUUCCAAAGCACGAAGGUUGUCCAUUCAUUUGCCCGAGGAGUUCAUCGUCGACGAAUGCCCAUUGGAAGAAUUUUUCACAUUCAUCGAUCGCAAACUACAGAAGGACAUUGGCGAAGGCGGUGCAGCGACUGUGAAGCUUAUGGAAAGCAAGAAUGCAGGUGUUUGCACGAGUAAGAAGAAGCACGUCUUUGCGGUCAAGCAAUUCCGUCCAUGGGAACCCGAGGAGGAAGACGAGCAUGACUACGAGCAGAAGAUAAAGUCUGAGUUCGCCAUCUCAAAGGCCUGUCAACAUCCAAAUAUCGUGGAAACUUACCGACUGUGCCAAUCGAAAGACGGCCAGUGGCAUCAUGUGAUGCAGUAUUGCGAACUGGGCGAUUUGAAUGAUCUCAUCAACAAGGAGUUCUUCAACCAAGAGGACAAGGACUGCAUGUUCAAGCAGCUUGUGAGAGGAGUGGCUUAUCUUCACGAACGAGGCAUUGCGCAUCGCGACCUCAAGUCAGAAAACUUGCUGGUCACAGGGGACGGAUGCUUGAAGAUUGCAGACUUUGGCACAGGAGAAGUCUUCAACGGCGAUCAUCCUGGGGUGCGAAAUUGUCGACGACAGAGCAUCAUCAGCCCUGAUGCGCCAGUGCGGAAGAGUCCGCCAGGCUGGGUUGGCAGCAAGCCUUAUAUGGCUCCGGAAAUUAUACAACGGAAAGGAGAGUACGACGCAAGGGCUGCGGAUGUUUGGUCUGUUGGAAUUUGCUAUAUCACGUUGUGCUUCGGUGGCACCCCAUGGGAGUCGGCUGAUCCAUCGUGCAAAAACUUCAGCAUCUACAUGAGUACCUGGGACAGCUGGCUGGACAAGUACCCGGACGGUGAGAUCUGCAAAGGCCGUGAACUCCCAGCCUUCGUCUACACGAGGCAAUUCAUGCAAUUGGGCGAUGUAGGCACCAAGACCAUGGUCUUCGGCAUGCUACACCCAGAGCCCGAUAAGCGCUGGGGCAUCCAGGACAUACUCGAGUGGAAGACAGUCACCGAGUUUGCCUGCUGUCAACAGACAGGCUACAGCGACGACAUCAAGAAGCGCCAAAAGAAGGCGCUACAUAACCACAAACCACCGACUGGAAAGGUCAAGAGUCCCGGAAAGACCCCAACCAGAGCGAAGACGGGUCUCCUGAAACCCAGUCACAAGUGA